AUGAUUCCCUUCCCCCCUCACCCUCUUCUCUCCCCAGCUCGCUCACUCUGCUCUCCUCCAAGCCAAAGCCCAAAGCAGAGCUCCCACACUUCCGCCGCACACAACACAGCGCAGCAGCUACCACCAAGCUCGCCUUCCGCUCCCAGCCAGGCUUGCAUUGAGCAGCUUCGGCGAGCGCCUCUGCUCCCGUGCUCUGCUGUCUGCUCGCGGCGGCGGUGGUGUGCGUAUCAGGACGUGAGCUUUGGCUGUCGCCUGCCGGGCGGGAUGGAGAGGUGGGGGGACAAGGGGGCGGCGGCUCCGGCGCCGGGGAGGGCGAGGCGGUACGCCGACCAGCCGUCCUUCUCGUCCACGCUGCUCGACGCCAUAUACAAGUCCAUGGACGAGCCCGACGACGGGGCGGCCAAGAAGCAGACCCAGGACCUGCACUGCAGCUACUACUACAAGGCGUCGCUGGCGGGGAGCUACCGCGCCAGCCGGGCGCACGCCGCCACGUCCAGCUCGUCCGAGUGCUCCAGCUACGGCGGCUUCUCCUCGUCCGAGGCGGAGUCGUCGCAUCACCGCCGCCUGCGGCCCAUCCGCACGAGCGCCGCCGCCGCCGCCGCCGGGGAGGCGCCCGCGCCCGCGCCGGACAAGACGAAGAAGGCCGCCAAGAGUAAGCCGGGGGCCAACAUCCGCGCCAAGCUCAGGGACCUCCGCAAGCCGGCGUCCCCCGGCGCGCGGCUCGCGGGGUUCCUCAACGCCAUCUUCAACGGCAAGCGCGCGCCGCCGACGCCGCCCUCGGCGUCGCUCGCGGCGGAGUCCGCGUGCUCCACGGCGUCCUCGUACUCGCGCUCCUGCCUCAGCAAGACGCCGUCCACGCGGGGCCAGCCGAAGCGCACCGUGCGGUUCGUGGACAGCGACGGCGAGGCGGCGGCCGCGGUGCCAGCCGCGGGCGUCGAGCGCCGGCGGGUGCAGGUCGGGGUGGUGGAGCUGGAGCGGAUGCUGCUCCACAGGAUGGAGAUGGACAGCGAUGAGGACGACGAGGAUGAGGAGAGCAGCGACGCCAGCUCCGACCUGUUCGAGCUCGAGAACUUCGCGGCCGUCGCGCCGGCCGCUGGCGGGGCCGCUGCGUACAGGGACGAGUUGCCGGUGUACGAGACGACGAGGGUCGUGCUGAACCGCGCCAUUGGCCACGGGCACGGGCACGGCUACGCGCACGGGAGGAGUACCAGAGUGGUGUGAUUUUUUUUUCUCUCUCUCUGGAUUGGGGGGCGGGUAACUGUAAAAUGGUGGAGUAACGGUAAAAUACGCGUGGUGGUUUGGGGCACCAAGCGCUUGCUGCUCUGAUGAGAUCUACUACUGGUGAUCUUUGGGAGGCUUUCUUGGAUCUUUUUCUCCAUUUUUGUUUUUUUCCAGUGUAAUUGUGCGGUUAGUACUAAUUCUAGUGGAGUAACUAAGCAAAUGCCAUGUUCUUUUGUCCUC